AUGAAGAGAUUGAGCUUUUGCAUAGAGAUUUUUUUCCCCAUUUUUUUAUAAAUUAAAAAAGAUAAACAAAAAAUAAAUUUAAAAUUGAAAUUAAAAAGAAAUACAAAUAAAAAUUAAAAAAAUAUACCUAACAGAAAAAGAUAGAUAAAUAGAAAGAUAUAAAAAACUAAAUAAAUUAAUAAAAUUGACAAUUAACAGAUUAAAUAAAACCACAUAAAAAAUCAACCAUAAAUAAAUAAAUUGACAAUAGAUAAAAAAUAAAAAAAUAAAUCCAAGUACUUAAACAUGCUUUUUGGUAAACACAAAAGUUAAAUUAUUACAAAAUUUAAACCAUUUAUAGCAUUGAUAAAUUUCGAAGCUUUAUCAAUAAAUAAUUUAAGUUUUAAAUGA